AUGUUGAGUGUCGCUUCUCCUACUCUCCUCCUCCGCUCCACUGUCAAGAGCGGUACCUUGAUGCUUGGAGCAAGACGAGGUUUGGCAUCCACCGCAGAAAAAUUUGGUUUUGACAUCACCCUCGAACCUUCGACCGGUCCAAGCGAUGAUGAAAAAAAACUUGCAGUGAUUUGUGGUUGGAUGGGAGCCGAAGCACGCCACUUGAAGCCCUACAAGAGCUUUUACUCCGACCGUGGUUAUGAUGUUUUGAGUUUUGCCGUAGGCCCCCAGCAUGUGUUAAAGCCCCAAACCUCUCUGGAUUUCAUGGAAGCUGUCCUGGAUGAAACGCUUAACAAUGAUCCGGACAAGGUUGUGACACAUUAUUUUUCAGUUGGCGGAUACUUGAUGGGGCAACAGCUGCGGCUCUUGAAUGAUCCGGAACGACAACAAGACAAGGAAAAGUACCAUCAACUGGUCAAGGCACAAAUCUAUGACAGUCCCCCGGAUGUUCAAGGUAUUGCCAAGGGCAUUGGCAAAAGCAUGGCUAUGGGAAAAUUCGUUGCUACGACUGUGGAGGGACUCGUCAAUAGCUAUUUGUGGGCUGUUCGCGACACUGCAGGAAAACAUCACCGUGCAUCCUCGGAUCACUUUCAUGAAAAUCAUGUACCGGCCCCCAGUCUGUGGCUAUACAGCCAUUCCGACCCCGUGGCCCCUCCUUCAGACAUUGAUGUUGUCAUGAAAAAGUGGGCUGCACAAGGCUACACUGUAGAAGACAUUGUCUGGAAAGAUACACCUCACAUUCAGCAUGCAAGAUUUGAUCCGGAGGGAUACUUUGGUGGGUUGGAAAAGUUCCUCAACAAACAUGUGUGA